AUGCCGGAUAUCAUCUUUAUUCCAGUGUUUAUUUCCUUCCAAUUUAGUUCAUUUUUCUCAACCUUAUUGGGAGAGAUCAAAGAAAUUAGCGAGAAGAAACGAAAAGAAGAUGAUGUUCUUCUUGCCAUUGCUGCUGGAAAUAGACGGCCUAUUCUUCCUAACUUGGAAUUUGAGUAUCCUGAUCCAGAGAUUCAUGAAGAUUUGUAUCAACUCAUAAAAUAUUCAUGUGGAGAAGUUUGUACAACUGAACAAUUGGAGAAAGUCAUGAAGAUUUGGACAACAUUUUUAGAACCUAUACUUGGUGUUCCUUCUCGACUGCGCGUUCCUGAAGACACAGAAGAUGCUGUCAAGGCUAAGAAUGAUUCUGCCAAAACUGGCACAACAAGUAUUGCCAAGGGUCAUAGUAGUCCUGGUGUUGGUGCUACCAUAAUGAAUCCUAAGAAUUUAAACACUAGUAGAAAUGGGGAUGCAAGUGUUCCGUUUGAACAAUCAAAUUCCUGCAAAGAAUGGCAAGCAAUUGGGGUUGGUGGGGUUAAAGAGGGUGAUUGUCUCGAAUCAUACCGUUCUGGCCCUAAGACUGAAAUUUUGGGAAGUAGUACUCUGCAGGGUAAAAUUCGUAUUGGUGCAUCCAUUCCUGAUGAAGUAUCAAGAGUCAAUAAGCAAGAUCAUUCCAUUGAACAGUUGGUGAAUGCUAAUGUCUCACUGUCCUCUGGAAUGGAGCGAAGUAAUGGAAGAACAAAGAUAAAUAAUGCAACAGGACUUGCUGCAACUCCGUCUAGACCUGGUUAUGUUUCUAGUGAGGGAGGGCAUGAUUUACCUUCAUCAGAGGGUGCUGACUCUACAAGACUAGAUAUGUCCACAAAUGGGGCCAUCACCAAAGACACCAAAGUUCACAGAUCUCACAAAGAAUCAGUUGGACAUUUCAAAAGUGAAAGAGAAGAGGGUGAGUUAUCUCCUAAUGGAGACUAUGAAGAGGAUAACUUUGCAGUUUAUGCAAAUGCUGGUCUGGAGGCAGUGCAUAAAGGAAAAGAUUGUAAUACCAGUCAACAAUACCAAAAUAGACACGUGGAACAAAAUUGUGGUGAAGCUGGUGGUGAAAAUGACAAUGAAAGUGAUGGAAGUCCUCAUAGAUCAUCGGAUGACAGUGAAAAUGCGUCUGAGAAUGGUGAGGUUUCUGGUACCGAGUCUGCUGAUGGUGAGGAAUGUUCUCGAGAAGAACAUGAAGAGAAUGGGGAUCAUGAACAUGAUAAUAAGGCUGAGAGUGAAGGUGAAGCUGAAGGAAUGGCAGAUGCCAAUGAUGUUGAAGGAGAUGGAGCCUCAUUGCCAUAUUCCGAACGCUUUCUUCUCACAGUAAAGCCUCUGGUAAAACAUGUUCGCCCGGUGUUGCACAGGAAAGGAAAGAAUGUUCAAAUUUUUUAUGGAAAUGAUUCCUUUUAUGUGCUGUUUAGACUUCAUCAGACAUUGUAUGAGAGGAUACAGUCAGCAAAGAUAAACUCAUCCUCUGCUGAAAGGAAAUGGAGAGGUUCAAAUGAUACAGGUUCUACUGAUCAAUAUGGCAGGUUCAUGAGUUCUCUUUACAGUUUGCUGGAUGGUUCUUCUGAUAAUUCAAAAUUUGAGGAUGACUGUCGCGCUAUUAUUGGAACUCAGUCGUAUGUCUUGUUCACAUUAGACAAGCUGAUAUAUAAACUUGUUAAACAGCUUCAAGCUGUUGCCAGUGCUACUGAUGAGAUGGAUAACAAACUUCUUCAACUAUAUGCAUAUGAGCAAUCAAGAAAACCUGGAAGCUUUGUGGAUAUAGUUUAUCAUGAAAAUGCUCGUGUUCUUCUUCAUGAUGAGAACAUAUAUCGUAUUGAAUGUUCGUCUACACCUCCCCGAUUGUCUAUUCAGUUGAUGGAUUACGGACACGAUAAGCCUGAAGUGACUGCUGUGUCAAUAGAUCCUAAUUUUUCAGCCUAUCUGCACAACGACUUCCUAUAUGUUGUCCCCGACAGCAAGGAGAAGUCAGGAAUUUUCUUAAAAAGGAAUAAGUUAAAAUGUGCUUGGAGUGAUGAAUUUCCUAGCCAGAUUAUGGAUGGCGUACAAGUUACCAAUGGUCUGGAGUGUAAGAUUGCUUGCAAUUCAUCCAAGGUUUCAUACGUGUUAGAUACUGAAGACUCUCUAUUUCGAACAAAACGGAAAAGGAGAAUUUUGCAUCCAAACAAUUCAUAUCGCGAACAGACAACAUCUCCAAACGUUUGUUCAAACAGAGCACAGCGGUUCUGCAAAUUAUUUUCCAUCAGAUGA